CGGCCACAAUGUGUCCAUAUAAAACAGGCUUAUCCACACAGAUUUUAUGCAUACAGAAUCGAGGGACAAUAUGUGCAUGGACACUGUGAGGUCACAAUGGAGGAAGCCAGCAGCCACUAACAGAAGCUGGGGGGUUUUCCCCUAGGGCCUCCAGAGGGAGGGUGGCCCUGAGGACACCCUGAUGUGGGCUCUAUGGGACUGACUGCAACAAAUAGCUGGUCUCCUGAACUAUGAAUAAAUUUCUGUUAAUUCUAAGCCACCCUUGACACAGCAGCCCUAGGACACUAAUGCAACCAUCUAUGUGGUCCUGUAUGGCCCUUCCCUGCCGCUGCAGGGGCCAACCUCUCCCUCCUUCUGCCAGGGACCUUCUUGCUGUUCCUCAAGCUGCAUGGCUUCAUGAUUUUUAAGACCAUCACGCUAAGCUCCCCUAGAUCUUCCCAAGGGCCGCCUGGACUUAAGUUCAGGUGUCUGCAUACCUCUUCCUUAUAUGGGUCUUCCUGGGCCAUAUACAGGUGUUCAAGGCCAGCCUGCACUACAAAGUGAGCCUGGCUCUCCAACCUGCUCCCCCAUCUCUUCCUGGUCUCUCACAGUCACACCCUUUUGUUAUUUUAGCCCCAGCAUUUUCCCGGUUUAUUUUUCCUCCCUGGUUUAUAACUUGGGACUCCCAGGAGAAGGGGACCCCAUGAAGGCCUUCUUUAGCUGCUCCCUGCUGUCUCCCAGGGGCUGGAGAGACCUGACAUAUAGGAGGUGCUGAGCAAACAUAGGUUGAGGAAUAAAUGCACGAAAUAUCUGUGCAAGCAUCUGCAUGCGCACACACGUGUGUUAGUUUUCGGGUGCGUACGAAGCGCUGAACCCAUUGGCCCCGCAUGACCGCUCAUCUUCCGAUGGCACUUCCCUUUGCAGAAUGGCAGCAGCUUUCUAUGUAAUAUUUACUUUCUUCCCCACAGCUCUGCAGACCUCCGUAUGGCAGGUGAGGAGACUUUUGAGCAUCUCCUAAACUCUGUAUGUAGAGUGAACCUUGCAGCAACUGCCAUAAAAUGACUUCCAAGUCUACCGCGUGCUCAGGUUAUCCAGAUCCCUGCCCAGUACUCAGACUUGUGCAGCAGACACCAGCUUUCUGUCUAGAGAAGCGUCGUGUUGCCCACCUGCACAGAUCCUCGGCCGCGUUCUGGAGAACGGUCCACGCGGGGAGCGGAGGACCCAGCACAGAGGGCGUGGAGAUGCACAGCACAGCCGAGCUGACCCGGACCUCAUUUUCAGCCUGUGGGAAGCAGCCGCGGCGGCUGGGGAACCUGCAAAAUCUUGCGGCGCGGCGAGGCUGGGGUUAAAGGGGCGGUGCUCACGACGGGGCGGGGCCGGGCGGGCCGCACCUGGCGCCCCGGCUCUCCGGCGGACGCUGAGAGCACAGUGUUCAUUGCGGGAGUCGGAGCCCGGGAGGCAGAGGCGCCCGACCCGCACCCACGGCCGGAGGGCGGCGGCUCGGCCGGAGCAACUCGGGAGCGAGCGAAGCCGCUAUGGCGGAGUUCCCGUCGAAAGUGAGCACGCGGACCAGCAGCCCCGCGCAGGGUGCGGGUGCCUCGGCGUCUGCACUGCGCCCGGACCUGGGCUUCGUGCGCUCCAGCUUCGGGGUUCUCAUGCUGCUGCAGCUGGUGCUGGGGCUGCUGGUGUGGGCCCUGAUUGCUGACACCCCGUACCACCUGUACCCAGCCUAUGGCUGGGUGAUGUUUGUUGCUGUCUUCCUCUGGCUGGUGACAAUCAUCUUCUUCACCAUCUACCUGUUCCAGCUGCACAUGAAGUUGUACAUGGUGCCCUGGCCCUUGGUGUUCAUGAUCUUUAAUGUCACCGCCACGGUUCUCUACGUCACGGCCUUCAUCACCUGCUCUGCAGCAGUGAACCAGACAUCCCUGAAGGGCUCCCGACAGUAUAACCAGCACUCGGCUGCCUCUUUCUUCGCCUGUCUGGUGAUGAUCGCCUAUGGAGUGAGCACAUUCUUCAGCUUCCAGGCCUGGCGAGGAGUGGGCAGCAACGCGGCCACCAGUCAGAUGGCUGGCGGCUACGCCUAAAGCACCUGUGUCGUGGCCCACCCCGGGGCUGAAAGGACCGAAGCUGCCACUGGGUCACAGCACAGGGGCCUGUGAGCCUGAGGCAGAGCCCUGUGUGGAGCCAUCUGGGUGGGGCUGUACCUGCUCCCCUCCUGCUCUCCUAGAUCGACUAAGGACACAGACCUAAAGUGGCUGCAAUGGCUGGCAAGGGCCAACAGCUGCAACCUCUUCCCCAGCCCCUUCUUCAGCAGGUGAUGGGGGAUGUGGGGCUUCAGAGGAUUUCAGCAUCCAAAGCCUGGGGCCCAACCUUCUCACCAGCACUAAACACACUAACGAAGACUCAGCCCUGUGACUGUCACACCCUAGUAUGAGCCUAACACACCACUCAGACUUAAUCUGUCUUUGUUCCAGGAGAGCUGAGUGAGCACAUAAACUGUCCUUUCCCCCGCCCCCCAGCCAGCCUGUCACCUUUGGGUUAAAGUUUAUUGGAAGAUAGGAUUUCAGAUAUCCUGGUUAUUUAACAAAUCGGUUUUAAGCACCCUCUGAGGUCAAACCUCUCUGGGUCCUCCUUCCUCAGCCAGUUCCUGAUUUGGAAUAUUCCCUUUGGGAAAAGCCAACAUCAAUGGGAUUGCUUCCCCCUCGCUGUUGAUUAGUCACAUGGGACAUGGAGGGAGGGAAGCAGGGCUCUGCCUGGUGAGCUGUCUGUUGGUCGUGAAUUUAUUGUACUUUUUUUAUUUUUACAAAAAUAAAGAUGGAAGAACUCAUUUGGAAAAUAUGUGAGGAA